CUCCAUCUUGUGAUUUCUUUUUUCCUUCUGAACCCUCCAGUGGGGGGUGCGAGUUUGUCUUUAGUCCCUCCACUCCACUGCCUUUUCUUCUCGCUCUCCUUCCCUUCCCCAGCUUGGUGUGUGCCUCUUUCUUUUCUCGCCCCUCUUCAUUUUUAUUUAUUCAUAUUUAUUUGGCUCCCGCUCUCUCGCUCUCCCCUUCCCUCCCUCUGGGUCCCUGCUCUCUCCCCGGAGUGGCGCGUCCCGGGCUCCGCCGCUGGCCAGGCGUGAUGUUGCACGUGGAGAUGUUGACGCUGAUGUUUCUGGUGCUCUGGAUGUGUGUGUUCAGCCAGGACCCGGGUUCCAAGGCCGUCGCCGACCGCUACGCCGUCUACUGGAACAGCAGCAACCCCAGAUUCCAGAGGGGUGACUACCACAUCGACGUCUGUAUCAAUGACUACCUGGAUGUUUUCUGCCCUCACUAUGAGGACUCGGUCCCUGAAGAUAAGACCGAGCGUUAUGUCCUCUACAUGGUGAACUUUGAUGGCUACAGUGCCUGCGACCAUACUUCCAAAGGCUUCAAGAGAUGGGAAUGUAACCGGCCUCACUCUCCAAACGGACCACUGAAGUUCUCUGAAAAAUUCCAGCUCUUCACACCCUUUUCUCUAGGAUUUGAAUUCAGGCCAGGCCGGGAAUAUUUCUACAUCUCCUCUGCAAUCCCAGAUAAUGGAAGAAGGUCCUGUCUAAAGCUCAAAGUCUUUGUGAGACCAACAAAUAGCUGUAUGAAAACUAUAGGUGUUCAUGAUCGUGUUUUCGAUGUUAACGACAAAGUAGAAAAUUCAUUAGAACCAGCAGAUGACACCGUACAUGAGUCAGCCGAGCCAUCCCGCGGCGAGAACGCGGCACAAACACCAAGGAUACCCAGCCGCCUUUUGGCAAUCCUACUGUUCCUCCUGGCGAUGCUUUUGACAUUAUAGCACAGUCUCUUCCCGUCACCUGUCACAGAAAACAUCAGGGUCUUGGAACACCAGAGAUCCACCUAACUGCUCAUCCCAAGAAGGGACUUGUUAUUGUUUUUUUGGCAGAUGUCAGAUUUUUGUUUUCUUUCAGCCUGAAUUCUAAGCAACAACUUGGGGCCAGGGUGGGGGCUAAAGUAGUUGCUGCCUCCCUCACCGCACCCCACCCCCAGCCCUUGCCCUUGACUUUUUGCAGCCCUUCCAAAUUAAAUGGACUCCAGAUGAAAAUGCCAAAUUGUUGUAGUGACACCAGUGGUCAUCAGCUCCUGUGCAUUCUCUAAGAGCUCACUUCCGUCAGCACACUGUGUCAGCAGUAUGUGGACAAGGAAGAAUAGUGGCAGAUGCAGCCAGUGAUGGUGAGGCCCAGGAGGGUUUUACUCUCCCAUACAAUAUUUAUGCCUUCUCAUUCAGGACUGUAAGAUAAUCACGCAGGGCAUCAUGUCACCAUGUCAGGUCCAGGAGGGAGGUAUUAAGAAUUGAUAUAAUAUUACACCAUUUCCUCUAGGAGUAUAUAAUUGAACAGGCUUCUGAAAGAUUGAGACACUGGUUUUUUUUUUUUUUUCUUUAAGAUGACUGUCUUAAAGCAUUCUUGACAGCAAAACCUGUGCUCCAUAAAAGAUGCCCUUUUUCGAGGAGGCAGGUAUGGUGCCAGAAUGCUAGCACAGAGCAAGUGUGAAAUCAGAAAACUAAGUUUGGUGGGAGUAUGUAUGUAUGAGUGCCUCUAAUUUUUUUGGUGACUGGACAGUGUACACCAGAUUUUUUUCCCUUUGAAUACAGAUCACCAUGGUGCUACAACUAUUUUUUUUUUUUUUUAAAAAAAAGAAACUCAAAGAGGCAUUUUUAUGAAUAAAGUGACCUUCCCCAAGGCUGACAAGCCAGGGUUGAUGAAUGCAUAUGGAAUAGCUUUGGAUACUCCUCUGGGGCACGACAUGUACCAAGGAAAAGAUGUCAGUGGCCCGAGGAGACGUGAUUUGGCUUUGCUGGAGCGCCAGUGUGCUGUGGCCUUUCCCCGACUCCCGCCCUCAGUACCCAUGUUUUGCUCCAUAAGCACAGGGGCUCACACACAAACCCCUGUCACCGGAGAGUCAGUCACCACUACUUGGGAGGGCUAAAGGGAAACUUGGAAUAAAAAUUCCAGAGUUUGGAAUAAAAAGAUUCAAGUGUUGAUUUUAUAUUCUUUCCCUUUCUGACACAGCCUGAAGCGUAGGGGGAACAUGUGUUUAUCUGUGGGAGAUAAACAAGAUGGAGUCCCAAAGACUUUAACAAAAUAUUUUUUUAAAAAUCCACUAGAAUAGCAAAUACAUUAUUUAGAUAUACUUUAUGCUGAGAGUGAGUAUAUAUGCUUGUCCUAUUUAAACUUGUGAGAAAAAGUGGUAUCCCUUGAUACAUUUAGAAAUAUGGGGGGUUAUCUUGUUUCAUUGUGGGGGUGGGGCAGAAGGAUGAAUAGUGCAGGAUGACCUUGUUUAAGGAAUUUUAGCAUGGUCAGCAAGGGAUGUUUCCAGUUGCUUACCAGGCAGUGCAAGCCUUGGGGCUUUCUACUGGUGAGGCUGACAUGAACUUUGAACUCCAAAGCCUAGACAGGGAAAAGUGUCCAAUCAAUGGUAAAGAAAUCUUGCCUUUUUUUGCUAUUGCACGACAUAUCAAUAGAAAAUGCCUUUCAAAACAAACAAAAAUAUGAUACGACGAUCAUGUAAGAUGUGAAAAGUUGGAAGGAUUCCAGAAAAAUAUGUUUUUUAAAAUACAUUUUUUAAAAAAAUGUAUGUUUUAAUAAGGGGGUCAUAUUGUGGACUGAUUCCAUGAAUAGGAAUUGGCUAAAAAUUGGAGUAGUUCUGAAUUAGAAAAAUAUGUGAACGAAAGGCAAUUGUAAAGGUACUGCAGCCUAGAGAGUUGUACACAUGAUGAAAUGUAAUGUGGGCUUACCUGACCCAUUUGGAGUGUAUGUUAGUGCUGGGUCUGUUCACACCGGGACAGUGAGUGGGGUUGCCAGCCUUGCAGAUGCAAUCAGCCCUAUUCCCCAGACAUCAGGAACUUCUCUGGAGUGGCAGAGUCUUAUCACAGAAGGCAGCCACCAUUUCACUGAAACAAAAGUUCACAGCAUUGGAUUCUUUUUUCCUUUACUAUUUAUAUGCUCAGUACUCUCAGUAAUAUCUAAUGCUUCUUUUUAUUAAUAGUUACAAGCUUGUUGGUCCAGUGGGAUUUGGGUGGGGGUGGCGGGGGAGAUACCUUCAAAUAUGGAUCAAUAGAACCGAAAUAAUACUGCAUGUUCUAUAACCACAAGCAAAUCAAAUGAUCCUAUAAUGAUUCCAGUUAGUCAUAACUACAUUAGCAGUGCUAACUUCAUUUUAGAAAUGGUGACUUCUGUGGUUUUUCUAGCAUUUGUCUCUAACAAAUGAUGAAAUAAUUACUCAUGGCCCUCUCUGGCAUUGUCUUUCAUUUUUCACAGUGAAAUUAGACCCCUUUACUUCACCAUCAUGCCACUACAAAUCAAGAAAAAAAAAAAUAGCAAGACUAUCCACACCAGUAGACAGUGUGCUCCUCUACGUAUAAAUGAUGUAAAUGUUGGUAAUAAUUGCCAUGGAGUUUUCCAGAAGAUUGGCACAGACAGUUUUCAUCUUGUCCAAAAAGUGCUGGUGGCCUUUUGUGAUGUUACAACCCUCUGGGGGCUUAGGAGGAUGUCAAUGCAACUUUGUAGCAGCUUUAAAUUUCAAAAACAAUUCAGAAGUCUGAAGGGCAUACUUAGCUGCCUCUCAGCCCCAUUUAGUCAAACCCCAGCGACCUUUGCCCCUGGUUGCCAAGGGCUUUGCAACAUGAAGCAGGGAAAAAGGAUCUGUCUGUUUAGUGGAUACUGUGUAUCCUUUAAUAGACCAGGUAACAGUUGGUGUUAGUUUAGACUAUUGUUUUGUACUGUACUUUCUUGGGUGGCAGAGGAAAGAAAAGUAAAACAUUAAAAAAAAAAAAAAAAACACUGCGUUCUUUAAAUUCUGUAUUAUUAGCAACCUCUGUUGUAUAUAGUGUUUGAUAAUAAAGUAUUAAUUUGAUUCUUAUGUCUUUUGUAAGUGAGAACAAUAGUCUUUCAGGAUAUAAAACAUGCAUUGAGGCUAUGAUACAUCCAAUGUAUACUUGCUUGAGAAGAGUCACAAAUGGCCAAGACACUGCUCCAUACAGGACUCAUAUGUGGUCAUCGUCCUCCCAAUCUUAAGACUCCACCAUCUUGGGACCUGGAACAACAUGACUUUUGAUCAAUAUUUUGUCCUCAAUGUUUUCAAGGUCUGAUGUUGGAGCCCUAUGGUGUCCCCUGCCCCUCCGCAAUCCUCAGCAUGUUGGUUUGGAAAAGCUUAGGGAAUUUAGAAAUGGUUCUGUACUUAGGUUUGGUUUUCUCUUUGUGGUGGUUUUCACACACAGUUUCAUUUUCUCCCAGGAAGUCUUGCCAGUAUCACGCAGCCCACACAUGGGAAAGACUGCAAACAGUCCACUGAGGAAGGUUAAAUGGGGGCUGUUUCUGUGUCAGUGUGAAAGGAAGAGUCACACAGUACCUGCGGAUUUCCAGGGACUCUUUCUCUCUGGUGCCUUAGCAACGGCAGCAGCCAUUUUUAUUAGUUUCCCCCAAAUUAGAAAAACAGUUUAAACUCCUUUCUUCCAUUCAUUGUUCCACAGAGCUGUGGUCACUAGAUUUGCUUUUGAAAACCACCUCCGCCAACACCCCGUUUGCCUACAACCCCUCUUUAUUUCUUAUGUUUAUUUUUUUUGUCUCUAGCCUUCCUCCCACAUUCUGUUUUCCCUCAGAACCGUGAAUGGACAGGUCUGUCUCUGGUUUGGCAUCACUGAGUUUUUCCCAUGCAUUUGCCCCAGAGCUGCUCGGAUGUGAGACAAAUCUCCCUACAAUGGGCUUGCUCCCAUUGUCUGUACAGUUUAAUAGAUGCUGGCAUGUUGGAGGUUACCCAUGAGUCAAAAUCCGCUCUUCAUGCUUACUCCUGACACCCCAUUGAAGCCACUCAUUGUGUGUGCGUCUGGGUGUGAAGUCCAGCUCCGUGUGGUCCUGUACUUGUACUGCCCUGCUUUGCAGUUCCUUUGCACUUACUCAUCGAGUGCCGUUUUGAAAUGCUGACAUUAUAUAAACGUAAAAGAAAAUGUAAAAAAAAAUUUAAAAAAAAACCCACACACAAACAAACCCAUACGAUCUGUAUUUGUAUAUACACGUGUCCGUAUAAGUAUACCUAAAUAAAAAUUAAAGAUUUUCAUCAUUUUAAUUG